AUGAUCUGCCUUCGAAGAUGUGUCAUGGGGAGAAGCAGCCUCAAGCACCAAACUAGAGCCUUUUCGCGUUCAAGCGCAUCCCUUCGGCCCCGGUCGGUCCUGUCAGGAAUAUGGCUCCCUACAGGCGGCUUGGCAGCGACAGAAGUGGAAUCCGGACAUGGAAAACUCGUUCGUGCGGGCUUCGUGCGGCAAGCCCAAUCAGGCAUCUUCCAGAUGCUUCCACUUGGGCUACGAGUGCAACAGAAGAUCGAGGCCCUGCUUGACAGGCACAUGCAAUCGAUAGGAGCCUCGCGCCUCGCCCUUUCAGCCAUAACGUCCGAGGAGCUGUGGCGAAAGAGCGGUCGACUAGAACAUGUCUCGCCAGAGCUCUUUCGAUUGACUGACCGUAGAAAGGUCCCGCUCAUGUUGUCCCCGACUCAUGAGGAAGAAAUCACGACGCUUGUGGCGGGGACAAGACUGUCCAACAAGGACCUUCCACUGCGGCUGUAUCAGACAACCCGAAAGUACCGAGACGAGAUGCGUCCACGUCACGGUCUAUUACGGUCCAGAGAGUUUGUAAUGAAGGAUCUGUACACCUUUGACACGUCAGUGGAAGCCGCCGUCGACACUUAUCGGGAGGUUUCUGGCGCCUACCGGGCUUUCUUUGCCGACUUGAAGCUUCCCAUGUUGGUGGCUGAAGCAAGCUCGGAAAUAUGGGCGGCGACCACGGUCACGAGUAUCACCUAA